AACAACAGUGUUUUAAAGAAGAAGAAGAAAGGAGCAAGUGGUACAGAAGGUUCGGGACCAGCUUGUAAAUGUCAGUAGUGACACUGCAGCUGGGUCAGUGCGGUAACCAGGUGGGUCCGGAGCUGUUCGACAUCAUUUGGAGCGAUGUUCAGGAGGGACAGAGGAAAGCGUACAGCUCGAGCAGCUGGGACCGCUUCUUCCGCCGAACCGCCCAGGGAGGCUUUGAGGCCAGGGCGGUACUGGUUGAUAUGGAGCCCAAAGUCGUGAACCAGAGCGUGAUCAAGGCUGCCAAGAGUGGCAGGUGGAGGUACGGAGAAACUUCCCACUUUAGCCAAAAACAGGGCUCUGGAAACAACUGGGCUAAUGGGUAUCACGUCCUCGGUCCCCGUCACAGGGACGUGGUGGAGCAGCUGGUGAGGCGGGAGGUGGAGCGCUGUGACAUGCUGGCAGGUUUCAUGCCCCUCAUGAGUGUUGCAGGGGGAACAGGGUCAGGAGUUGGUACCUUUGUCACUCAGUGUCUCCGAGACAUGUACCCAGCGUCCUUCAUCCUCAACCACCUCACCUGGCCGUACGGGGCGGGAGAGGUGAUUGUGCAGAACUAUAACUCGGUGCUGACGCUGGCGCACCUCUACCAGCUUUCAGACGCCAUUCUGGUGCACGAGAACGACAUCGUGCACCAGAUCUGCAGUCAGCUGCUGAACAUCAAACAGAUCUCCUUCAGUGACAUCAACAGGGUUAUUGCUCACCAGCUGGGCAGCGUCCUGCAGCCGGCGCUCGCACCGCACUCCCACGGAGCCUAUGGACAAAAUCCUCUUGGUGAGCUGGUGAGCGCCCUCGCCUGCCACCCCGAGUACAAGCUGCUCGGCGUGUGCACCGUCCCUCACAUGCCCACCUCCUCCAUCGCCUUCAGCACGUUCAGCUGGCCGGCGCUCCUCAAACACCUGCGGCAGAUGCUCAUCUCCAACUCCAAGAUGGAAGCAGGUGUGGACUGGCAGGUGCGCGCACCUGCAGCCUCGGCGCGGGUCAGGAGUCUCACCCGAGGCGGUUUCAACACCUCACUGGCCAAUCUGCUCAUACUGAGAGGGAAGGAUGUGUACGGUGCAGAGACGGGAGGUUUUGAAGAUCCAGCCAUCUACACGUCCUGGCUCCCAUCACAAGAAGCUUUCAGCUCGUGGAAAUGCCCAGUUCCCUUCAACAAGUACGAGAAGUCUGCUACGCUGGUUACGAACAGUCAGGCUCUGCUCACACCUUUGGAUGACGUGGUGAGGAAAGCGUGGAACAUGUUCGCUUCCAGAGCAUAUGUGCAUCGGUACGUUACCUUUGGCGUCUCGGAGGAGGACUUCCUGGACAGUUUUACAGCUCUGGAGCAGAUCAUCUCCAGCUACAGUCACCUGCAGCACUAGAACUGGAACAACCA